AUGCCUCAAGAUCGCCCGCAAAUGUCCGAGGAUGAUGAUGGUCAAUCUCCGCCCUUGGAUCUGCGCUCUGCUGCCAUCGCUGACCCUUGUUCUUCUUCGCCCAACAAAUCCCGCAACUGCAUCCCCUCUGGGGCCAUGACCUCGCAGGCUUUCCCUGACCAUGUCCUCGAGAACGUACUCGAGAACGUGCUCCAGUUCCUCGACUCCAGAUCCGACCGCAACGCCGCUUCCUUGGUCUGCAAAUCCUGGUGGCGAGUCGAGUCUUUGACCCGAUCCGAGGUCUUCAUCGGCAACUGUUACGCGCUUUCCCCCGCGAGGCUCACUCAGCGUUUCAAGCGCAUUAGGUCUCUAUUGCUCAAGGGGAAACCUAGGUUUGCUGAUUUCAAUCUCAUGCCUCCCGAUUGGGGGGCUAACUUCGCUCCUUGGGUUUCUACCAUGGCUAAGGCUUACCCUUGGCUCGAGAAGGUUGAUUUGAAGCGGAUGUUUGUCACUGAUGACGAUCUUGCGCUUCUCGCUGACUCCUUUCCUGGCUUCAAGGAGCUUAUCCUGGUUUGCUGUGAAGGCUUCGGAACCAGUGGCAUCGCUAUUGUUGCCAACAAGUGCAGAAAGCUCAAAGUGCUUGAUCUGAUCGAGUCUGAGGUCUCAGAUGAUGAAGUGGAUUGGAUUUCCUGUUUCCCCGAGGAUGUAACUAAUUUGGAAUCUCUAGCUUUUGACUGUGUCGAAGCCCCUAUCAAUUUUAAGGCACUGGAGAGUCUCGUUGGUAGGUCACCGUUUUUGAAGAAACUUAGGCUGAACAGGUUUGUCUCCCUCGAGGAGCUGCAUCGCCUGCUUCUUGGAGCUCCACAGCUAACAAGUCUUGGCACAGGUUCGUUCAGCCAUGAUAAUGCACCUCAGAGUGAGCAAGAACCGGAUUAUGCAGCUGCAUUCCGUGCUUGUAAAUCUGUAGUUUGCCUGUCAGGAUUCAGGGAGUUAAUGCCAGAGUACCUUCCAGCUAUCUUUCCGGUGUGCGCCAAUCUCACCUCCCUGAACUUCAGUUACGCUAACGUUUCUCCUGACAUGUUUAAGCCCAUCAUACACAAUUGCCACAAACUCCAGGUUUUCUGGGCCCUUGAUUCGAUAUGUGAUGAAGGACUACUGGCAGUUGCUGCAACUUGCAAGGAACUCCGUGAGCUCCGGAUCUUCCCUUUCGAUCCCCGGGAAGACAGUGAAGGUCCUGUCUCUGAAGUAGGCCUCCUAGCAAUCUCUGAGGGUUGUAGGAACCUUGAAUCUAUUCUCUACUUUUGCCAGCGCAUGACUAAUGCGGCCGUGAUAACCAUGUCAGAGAACUGUCCUGAGCUUACUGUGUUUAGGCUCUGCAUAAUGGGUCGACAUAGGCCGGACCAUGUGACAGGAAAGCCUAUGGACGAGGGAUUUGGUGCCAUUGUUAAAAACUGCAAGAAGCUAACUCGGCUUGCAGUGUCGGGGUUGCUUACAGAUCAAGCGUUUAGGUACAUGGGUGAGUAUGGGAAAUUGAUCCGUACUCUGUCAGUAGCUUUUGCAGGAGACAGUGACAUGGCUCUGAGACAUGUCCUUGAAGGUUGCCCUAGACUGCAAAAACUGGAGAUAAGGGACAGCCCAUUUGGGGAUGUUGCGUUACGCUCUGGUAUGCAUCGUUAUUACAACAUGAGGUUUGUUUGGAUGUCGGCGUGUCGCUUGUCUAAGGGAUGCUGCAGGGAUAUUGCACGUGCAAUGCCGAAUCUAGUUGUGGAAGUAAUUGGGUCGGAUGAUGAUGAGGAUAAUAGGGAUUAUGUUGAGACUCUAUACAUGUAUCGGUCGCUUGAUGGUCCAAGGAAGGAUGCACCAAAGUUUGUCACAAUUUUAUAG